GAUCAAACGCCACUGUUUUUGGCCGCCUCAGAGGGUCAUCUGGAAGCUGUCGAUUUGCUGUUGAAUAGUGGUGCCAGCCGCGAGGUGACCGACUGUCAGGAACGCUCCCCCAAAGAUGUGGCUAUGGAGAAGCAGUUUUUCGAUGUUGCCAACCGGCUGUCAUCAACUCAAAUGAACAUUCCAGAUAAAGAUAACACUAAUGAUGACAGUCUACGAGUGGCUCAACAAAGAGUGCCGGAAAAUUGCAGAAAAAAUUUAAAAAAAGCGAAAAAGCUUAUGCGGUCUAAUCCACGCAUAUUUCAGAGACCUUUGGUCAAGAAGAUCAAGCCAACGUCUUAUCAGCGCAUUGCGCCCAGUGAAUUCCUUACGCCCCCGCAAUCCGACAACUCGCUCACAUUUUUCUCACCCAUCCAAACCGAUAUACCCGCGGGCUACGCUCCAAUGGAGCCAAUGGCGCCCUGGGGACACUACGAGCCUGGCCACGGGGAUAUUUCGGCCGAGCCACAAGUGCCCACUCAUAUUCUCUCACCACCCUAUGAAACCGGCGCAUUCGUCUGCUCUGACCUGAUGCCCAGCUAUAAUGACUGGCGAGAGGGUGUGAUCCGAAAUAGCAGUGUGGUGAAUACAACCCCCACUCAACAGCAGCAGCCGCAGCAGCUACAUCACCCGUAUAGCUUGAUACCGGCUGCGUUUGCCUUAAGGAGGGCGCCUGAUCAAUCGAUUGAUCAAGCAGCAGCAUUUGAUCACCAGCUAGAUCAAUUAGAGCCAGGACUAUUGUAUGGUGUUAUUUCAUUGGAGGCUCGAGCUAAGGCCUUGGUCGGAAAAUCAACCAGGGCUAAGGUUCAGCUGAGUAGUAUGUGGGAUUUGAAUAUGGUAUCAGGGGCUAGGGUAAUUGAUGUUGGGGGAUGGAAAUAUUUUGGCAGAUUUGAGCAGCAGCAGCUGGCUGGAGAGGUGGCUGCUGGUUGCCGCAUUGGUCAUUUGUGA